UCCUGUAGCCAAAUGUAUACUAGUAGUAUUUGCAGCUACCUUUAAUCAGGUUUCUUAAAAAUACCGGUUGAAUCACGAAAACUUUUUUGGCGAAAGAGUAAUUUUCGCCAUUAAAAUAUAUAUGUAGGUUUCAAAAGGCAACAACAUGACGUUGAAAAAUUGCCUUUCAGGAAAAACGUCGUACUCGCGUACGUCCACGUCGAUGACGUCACAGUAAACACAUGGUAACGUGAAUAUACCAUCACAGGAACUGAAGAUAGACCAAAACGAUGCACACGUGGUGAAUACAAUAUGUCGCUUCCUCUUGGCCGACAAGGUUCAAGACUUCCAACUGACGAGGAUUUUGCGUUUCUGCUCGAAGACAGGGCGUUUGUCGAUUAUUUUAAUAUUUUUAUAACAUUACCGGUAUUCGGUCAACAAAUAUUUUACAAUUUUAUCGAGAGAGGAUUUGUCUAUGACCCACCAAUAAAGAAAAAGAGAAAUUAUGUGGACAGACGGUGUGUAAUAGCAUUCCUAAUCGAAGAACGAUAUCCUCUGUUUGAGAAAACCAGCCUCUUUCUGGAGUACCUGCUCUGUUGUCGUCUGCGAGAUGUGGAAGUCGAUUUUGAAUCUAAAACGUUCAAGGAGGAAUCUGAGAAAAGAGCACAUUUUUCUCGUAAUGUUCUCGGUCACGUGGUCGGUAUGCAGAUGUUUCGAGAGUUCAUUAGAGGAACUGCUGGGGAGAACGUGUUUAAGUGCUGGAUAGAUAUUGCUAGAUGGAAACUUUCAGAAGAAGCUCCUUCGCAAAAGACGGAAUUGGCUCACAACAUCAAGGCCACCUAUCUAGCUGAGGGUUCACAGUGUGACCUCAGAACAAAGGGGAAGCGACUCGUCUUUGAAGGCAAAAUCGAUUUUGAACUGAUACCGGAAAGGGAAAUACAAGAUGAAAUACUGAACGCCAUUUCGGAAAUGGACAUUCUAUACAUGGUGGAAACAAGCGAUGCUUUCGAUAAUCUUCAAAGAAUUCUGCUGUCGAUUCUCCGCCGGUACUGGGUUCCGCGAUAUUUCAUUCACCUCUAUCACACCGUAUCUUCGGAGACUCUAUCCUUCCUGAAAAAGGAGACUCCCUUUGAUAUUGGAACUUUAGCACAGCAGCGCAAGCUUCGUUGUCAAAUCAUGUUUCCGCGCAUCUACAGUGCAUCACGGUCUAGCCCGGGAUCACCAACCACCCCCGUGUUUCUGUCCUGUGACGCGGACAGACUUCCGGAACCUGCGUACAGUGUUACGUCAUCAGAUGUCCACGCACAGACGCCGGAUGUGGAAAUUCCUUCUAAUACGUCCGAUAGAAAUAUCGAACCACUUGAACUUCUAUCCUUAUGGAGUGGUCAAGGUUAUUCAAGACAAAGGAGUAGUGCAACAAAGGGAAAUCUGAGUGGAUCAAAAAAUGACGAAUUUGCUGAUGCCUAUGGUCUAAAAGAACUGGAAAUUUGGGAGAAGGCCGAAUCUUCGCGCUUUCUGGGGGGUUCUCCAAUACUGUACACAAUACCAUUAUUCGUGAACUCCUACGUCAAAGGACGAAAGAGAAUAGACUUCGACAAUACUACUUUGGAUAAAAAUAACAAAAUGGCGGCUUCGUUUGCAUCUGAUAUGUUGGCAGGGUAUCCAUUCCGUCAGUAUUUACAGGAACGACAAUUAAAGCAAGAUUCCCGGAUGUUAGACUUUUGGAGUGAUGUUCGGCAGUACAUGGACGCAGAUGAUGGGUAUCUGGAUCCGUAUGGCAUUCCAAUGAAGCGGAAACUGGCUCGAACAUUGACAGAUAAAUAUCUAACUUUGAAUAAUGAUCUGGAAUAUGACAUCUUCUCAGAACAGCUGAAAAUGACUCUUUACCAGGGUCUAAAUUCUCGGGAUGAUGUCAUUUUGAUGUCGUAUGCCCAGAACAUAAUUUCACACGCUCUAAAGGAAUCUUGGCAACAAUACGCAAGAGAGGAAAGAACUUCAUUUCGGAUGAAAGUAUGCGGAUCCAGGAAAUUCGACAGAAACGUGAUAGAGAUACAGCCUAGAUCCGCCUCCGCCCGUGGUCAGUCAGACCCACUGUUCUUCGUCAACAGUAACACGCCGAGUCCCACGGGACUGACGGGCAACGACACGGAGAUAACCCCCGGACAAAGUACGUCAUCCCAAGAGACCAUCUCGCCGUUCAGCCGCAUGACGUCAGCGCUUGGGGCGCUUACUCUCACUCCCGAACAGUCACUGAAAGCCUUAGAAUUCGCCGUUCUCUGCGCUGAAUAUGGUCGUUCUGGGGUAUCCCCACAAGUUUCACCAAGAUUGGAGGAUCUGAUAGACGUAUUGUACAGCGAUUAUGGCAGUCUGCACAUCAAGAGGGAACCAGCUAAAAGACAUGAAUUUCUUCACAAUCUUCUGAACAAACCAAAAAUUGACAUAGAAACUAUCAAGGUUUCCCGGCGCGUGCUUUUAGACACACCGGAAGUUUCAGCUAUGGAGAGAGGACAAUUCCGGUCUCGUCUUCAGAGGCUUGUACUGCGCAGACGCGGAAUCCUUAUUGAGCGCCCAACCAGGCCUAGGAAUUUGGUUGAAGUCUUGCAAUCUCCGAUUCACUUCGAAUUCUUUAAGAGGUUCAUGAUGGACAACAAGACGGUCCAUCCUCUGUUGUUCUGGAAGUACGUGGAGGACCUUAAGGAGGCUCAGUCCGCCCGUCACCGGAACCACAUCAUCUCCGUCAUCUACCGGAAGUUCUUCAGCAAGGCCGCAAAGCAAGGUUACUUACUGGACUGCAGUGAUGACAUCAUCCGUCAGAUCCCUACCAUGGAGAGGAUACCAGCCAGCGUCCUUAUAUGUGCCCAAGCCAGCGUCUUCAGAUCUUUGGAAAAGAAAUGGUUCCCGCGCUACAUGCAGACGUACCCAAUAGACGCCGAUUACCCGCCACCGGAGCAGACCGCGGAGAGCCCCUUGGCGAAAUCGCCGACAUUCGCUGAUCUGACAGAAAAACUAGUAAUCAACAAAGAGGCGAUGGGCAACAAAAAGAAAACACAGAAGAAACGGAAAACGUGGCAUUUAUGGCGCGGAUUCCUCCAUUUGAUUAUAGACUUUAUGGAUGCCAUGAAAGACGAGUAUGAAUUCAAGCUCCUAGAGCUGUACAUGCGCAACGAACAGGAAAAAGAUUCCAAACGAAAACGGGUGGCGGACAAGUCCCUCCUGACGUCCAGUACUAUUGCCGCCUACCAGACACGUGUCGUCCUCAGGAACCGCCUCGUUGUCAUCAACAAGCUGGUGGCAGACCUCAACUUCUGGAACGAAAUCCAAAAAUUCAAGAAACACAUUGAUGAGAUAAGCACCCGCGAAAACAUCACCAAAGUAGAUAUGGAUUUCCUACAGCUUAAAGCUAAGGCCAUAGUCGACUGCUACCUCGUAUCGGAAGUUCUCCCCCGGGUGCAGGUUAACAUCCCGAGUGACUUGGCCACCAGUAUAGCCGUAUCCCUCACACAUUCAGGGCCGACACGGGGGCUGUUUCACGACGCCAUGAUACUGAUAUUCCCCAUUAUCUACUUCUUCUGGAAAAGGUUUCGUGAUGAAUGGUUGAAAGGUCAUGACCCGAAGGACUUUUAUUUCCGUCUGAAGGAAAAGUUAACAGUUCCCUGGGUGUCCUGUACUCCUCACAAAGACUUAAGCGGCACAGACUACCUCCAUGUUAGGGAGUCCCAGUGUCAAAUGAUGGCCGUCCAUCUUCACGAAGAUGAACCUUUCCGAAUAAAUUUCACGGUGAUGGGAGGGAUUCGUUACAUGUUUUCUAAUAGAGUGACAACAAAACCAGCCACAAUGCCAGCGAAUACGGUGGGGCACAGCGCCCGGCGGCAUCAUAAUUCACGGCGAUCACAACGCAAUAGCGUCAAUCGCAUACACCGCUUACAAGCAGAAGAUGCUACUCAUGGCGAACACAGGUAUUCCAGGCACGACAUGAAGAAGAAAAGCAAGAUUAUUUUGGAGGACGAAGAGAGUGUCCGUAAUUUGGACCAAGGGGACUUGGAUGUAAAAUCUGAGAGAAGUGUCGAAAUACAAAAACCCGACGAACAGUCAGAGUCGUCUGCUACUGCACUCACGGCGCGGCGCAGACGACAGCCUGCUGCAACCAAUCAAAGCAAAGCUUUCAGAAUCAGUCAGCUUGUAGAGGAGCUGAACUCGGAGAGUGAUCGUCCCAUAGCCCAGCGAUUACGCACGCUGGAUCAGGUUGUCCGCGCUGCUCUCAACACCCAAAAUCGCUCUCAGUUCACUGAUGAUGCAAUUAGUUCUCUUACUUCUCUGCUCAAUUAA